AUGUGCCAUUUGCCCGGUGAUAAUACUACUCGUUUUACAUUAAUUAAACAAUUAUUCGACCUUAUUAUUACGUCCAAUAAACAACUUUACAUUUGGGGAACCAAGGACGAAUUAUUUCCUUUUAUUAACUUCAAAUUAUUUUCACAUGAACAACUUCAAUCUAUUACACCAAUUAAUCUACAACAUCAAUUUAAAUUAUUUUGGAAUGAACAACAUCCACAUCACGAUCGUAUUUCAACAUUAUCUAAUAAAGCAGAAGAUAAAUGUGUAUGUGAAAAAUGUAUCGGGAAGAAAUCAUCAGAACCUUGGUCACUCCAAGAUUCGACUGCAUAUUUAUUAAAUGAGUAUCUUCCAAAAAUAUUAACUAAAGAAAAAUUUAAUAUCGGAUUAGAUCCUAAUUUAUUUGAUUUAGAUUUUAGCGAAAAACAAUAUCGACAACAGCUGACAACAUAUGCAUUAAAUGAUUAUGAUGAUGAUGAUUUAUUAUAUACACAACGUACUUCAUCAUUAUAUAAACAUCAAACAAAAUUUUCAAAUCACAUUAUCUUUUCAAAUAAACCAUCUACUCCAUCUAUCGUAACUCUGGAAGAUAAAUUUACAUUGUCAACUCGAAUCGAUUUACCUAUGAGUCAUCAACCAGAAUUAAUGCCAUCAUUUGAUGAUUUACAAAGAUACUCACAUGAUUGGGAAUCGAUAAGAAUCAAUGAAAACGAUACAAAUUUACCCGAUUGGACAAAUGCACAAUCAACAUUAAAUUGUGAUAAUCAAGAUGAAUCAAAAAAUCCUCGUGAAAAAUUAUCCGAUGAUCAACGUAAAAAAAUACACAAUAGAUCAUGUACGAUUAAACAACGUAAACGUUAUUAUCGAAAUGAAUUGAUUUUUAAAAAUAUUGAUCAUCGUUUUUCAAUAAAACAAAUUAAAAUGAUCCUUCAACAACAACAAAUUCCAUUUUAUGUAGUUAAUACAACCACAACAACGACAAACAAAAGAACAUUAUUCGUGGCUAUUCGUAAUUCAGAAUCGAUUAAUAUAUAUGAACAACAAUCUCGUGAUUUAUUUACAACAACACAUUAUGAAAAACUUAAAACAAAUGGUCAAUUACCACGUGCAAAUCGUCAUUCAAAUUCUCAUCAUCAACAAUCUCAAUCACGUUCACGUCAUUCUCAUCGUUAA